UGGCAUGUGGCUGGGAUUAGGGAAUUUCACUGUGGAUUAAAAUCUUUCCAGCGCCUCCACUGGCUGAGAGGAAGGCGUGUGGAGCUUCAGCGGCGCUCACUCCGGGCCCCGCUCUCAGGUACGAGGAACCUCUCUCUGCUUCUCACUAAGGUUGAUUUCCAUGAAUUGUUUGCUCUCUUUUUUUUAGACUUGCUGUGUGGAGCUGUUGAGGAGUCCGACUCACUUCUCCAACGAUCCGAAUAGUUGUGACAUCUAACAAACUCAAGGAUGCUCCAGGUGCUCCACGCUCACAUUCAGCCGGCUGGACACCGAAGCCGCAAGACUCGCCUGGUCGGCAAAGACGGGCGCUGCAACAUCGAGUUUGGCAACAUCAGAUACCGAAACCACCUGGGGUACGUGGUGGACUUCUGGACCACCUUCGUGGAGAUCCGCUGGCGCUUCGUCCUGCUCCUGUUCGUGGCCUCGUUCAUCGGCAGCUGGUUCGUCUUCAGCCUGCUGUGGUACUGGAUCGCCAAGAGCAACGGCGACCUGACGGGGCAGAACCGCACCGAUGGGCACGUCCGCUGCGUGGACAACAUGGACGGCCUGACCACGGCGUUCCUCUACUCGCUGGAGACCCAGACCACCAUCGGGUACGGCGGCAGGGCGCUGACGGGCCACUGCACCGGCGCCGUGGCGCUGAUCGUGGUGCAGUCGCUGAUCGGCGUCUUCAUCAACUGCUUCAUGUGCAGCGUCAUCUUGGCCAAGAUCUCCCUGCCCAAAAACCGGGCCAAGACCGUCACCUUCAGCGACACGGCCGUCAUCUGCCUCAACAAGGAGCGCCUGUGCCUCCUGAUCCGGGUGGCCAACCUGCGCAAGACCCUGCUGAUCGGCAGCCAGAUCUACGGCAAGCUGGUCCGGACCACGACCACGCCGGACGGGGACACCGUCAUCCUGGACCAGGUGGACAUCGACUUCGUGGUGGACGCCGGGAAGGACAACCUGUUCUUCGUCUGCCCGAUGACCCUCUGCCACGCCAUCGACCAAUCGAGCCCCUUCUACGAGCUGUCGGCGGACUCCCUCCCCCAACAGGACUUUGAGCUGGUGGUGUUUCUGGACGGGACGGCCGAGUCCACCAGCUCCUCCUGCCAGGUCCGGACCUCCUACGUGCCCCAGGAGAUCCAGUGGGGGUACAGCUUCCUGCCCAUCAUCUCGCGCACCAAGACGGGGAAGUACCGCGUGGACUUCUCGAACUUUUCCAAAAGCGUGCGGGUCACCACGCCGCACUGCGUCCGCUGCUUCGAGAAGGACGGCGACGGCCGGCAGCAGAAGUCGGGCAUCGACAACCCGGGCUUUCAGGUGAUCGACAUCCACGACUCGGUGGACGUCACCAGGAUGUGAGCGCGCUUCCAAUCGCUGCUCAGUCACACCUACUGGACCAGGAGAGAGUUUCUGCCUCCUCCUCCUCAGCAAACGGCAGAAUGUGGAUGAAAAGUCAGACAUGAAAGUUAAGCCCUUUGCUCGGGAGCUCAUUGCAAUCAAAGCACCUUUGGGACUUGGGACUCUGUCUAGGUAACGUGUGCAAGGGGGGAUUUAAGUUUUGACACAUGAAAAAAACUGAAAGGAGUGAAAUACGGGAUGGCACAGUGGGUACUUCUGGAGGAGAUUAAUGCCUGAGCCGGUUAUAAUGAAAAAGAACUGUGUGCUAUGAAGUCUGUGGAUGGGAAUAAAAAAGUUGGACAGGCCUUUAAGUUCUCUCAUUGGUCCAAAUAAAACAUUCACUGUACACCUGGUAGUUGACAAUAAAUGAGACUAUAUAGCUGUCGACAUUUUGUCCGUCGUACUGUUGUCACACUGAAACUAGAAAGAACGUUUACUCAAGUGCUGAUUUUAA